GCACUCGCGCGUAAUCCGCGGAUGCCUGUUUCUGUGCGAUUUUCGUAGUCGUCCUGUUGCAUGACCGGUUUAUAUCUGCGUACACGCGCGUCUUUCGGUGCGGCGACGUUUUUGUUUAAAUGUAAUAAAUUUACGCACUUUAACCGAAUUCUGCACAUUGGAUAACCUCUUUAGUACAGAGUGACUGUGCUGGGAGAAAGGAAACGUUCACGGAAAUUCCCAUAAUUUGAAAUGGAAUACAAAAAAGAAAAUGGGCCGGAGAUAGGCCGGAAGAUCUCAACAUCAUCGUCGGGUGGUAGUGAUGAGAAUAAAGCUCGUGGUAACUGGUCGGGCGACCUGGAUUUCUUGCUGAGCUGUAUUGGCUAUGCUGUUGGCAUUGGAAACGUCUGGCGCUUUCCUUAUAUUUGCUUCACGAAUGGAGGAGGCGCCUUCCUCAUCCCCUACAUGUUUGCACUCUUCACUUGUGGACUGCCGUUGUUUUUCAUGGAGGUGGCAAUGGGCCAAUUUUCAAGCAGCGGUGCAAUUGCCGUAUGGAAUAUUAGUCCAAUAUUUCUAGGUGCUGGCUUCGGGACGGUGAUAUUGACGGCGAUCUGCUGCAUCUACUACAACCUCCUCAUCGCCUACAUCCUCUUCUACCUCGUCAUGUCCUUCACGAAGAAGCUGCCGUGGGAGACGUGCACAAACGAGUGGAACACGCCGGAGUGCCUGCAGCGCGGCCUCGAGGUCUUCCUCGGUCCCAGCCUUUCCUCUAACUCCUCCUUCGGGAAUAACUCGCGCCUAGCCGAUCUCUUGACGGGGCAAGCCGCCGCCGCCGCCGCCACCGCCGUCAAUGCCAGUGGUGUCGUUGGCAAGACGACAACCCCGAGUGAAGAGUUCUGGUACAAUUACAUACUGGAGAUCACUGAUGGACUUCAUGAGUUCGGUGGCAUCCACUGGAAGCUCUUGCUAUCGCUCUUUGUAGCCUAUGUAUUAGUUUUCCUGUGCAUCUGUAAGGGCAUCAAAUCUACCGGAAAGGUUGUGUAUUUCACUGCCACGUUCCCCUAUGUGAUUCUCACCAUUCUACUUGUGAGAGGUGCCACUUUACCAGGUGCUGCUGAUGGCAUCAAGUAUUACCUGGUUCCACAAUGGGAUCUACUGCUCGAGUUCAAGGUGUGGGGUAUGGCAUUUAUCCAGAUAUUCUAUUCACUUGGACCAGGCUGGGGGGGCAUUAUCACAAUGUCUUCAUAUAAUCGCUUCCAUGCCAACUUACUGAGGGAAGCGUACCUGGUACCUAUCAUAAACAGUGCUACCAGUGUCUUUGCCGGAUUCGUUGUCUUCUCUGUCCUUGGAUACAUGGCGGAGGUCGCUCAGCUCGCUGUCAAAGAUGUCGUCGCAGCUGGUCCCGGGUUGGCGUUCAUGGUCUACCCAGAAGCUAUCACGCAUCUACCUAUUUCUCCUCUAUGGGCCGUUAUGUUCUUCUUUAUGCUUCUAAUGCUUGGAUUGGACACGCAGUUUGUGAUGAUAGAAACGGUCAUCACGGCGGUGAGGGACAACUUCGCUUCCAAAUUCCAGAAAAGCAAAGUGUGGAUCACGUUGGGUGUUUGCGUCGUCAUGUUUGUGCUGGCGGUUCCUCUCACAACGCGGGCUGGGUCGUAUCUCUUCACGAUCAUGGACUGGUAUACCGCAGCAUUUGCUGUUAUGGUUAUAUCCCUGGGAGAGGUUGUUGUAGUCGCCUGGUUCUAUGGAGCUAACCGACUGUUGGAUGAUGUAGAAUUCAUGAUUGGAAGACCAGUAAUCGGCAGAACUUUCAUGCUACUUUCGUGGAAAUUCACCGUGCCUGGACUGCUUUUGUUCAUCUUGCUUUUCAACAUGAUCAGUCACGUACCUGUGACGUAUCUCGGCUAUGACUUUCCAACGUGGAGCCUCGUAUUUGGCUGGAUACUGACCAUGUUGCCGAUCAUCCCAAUACCAGUGUACGCUAUCUAUCAUCUAAUCUAUGUUGAAAGGAAGGGUACUCUCUGGCAGCGACUACGCAGAAGUGUGAGGCCCUCGAAUGCGUGGGGCCCUGCAGUGGAGCCAUACCGGUCUGAGUACUUCCACAUGCGUGUUGCGCAAGGACACAAGGCACCGUCUGGAUACAAGCAAUCAUUGGAGCAAGAGAUGCGGCCUCUCAAGACUGCGACUGCGAAGGAUGAGGAAAGUUGCGCCACUGAUGAAAAACAGAAGGCUCUAUCUCCAGUGUAGACAGAUGUCGCCAUAUUAGGAGUCUAUAUUGUACAUGCCAUAUAAAGCAAUGCACUUAUUACUCACACAAUCAGUGAUGCGCACAGGUUUUGUUUUGUUUUGGGGAUGUGUAAUCUUUCUGGAAUGUGAAUCAUAAACACCGCAUGGCCAAUUGCUUGUUUGUUUACCUACUGAGGGUUUUCCAAGAGAUACUUUGUGGUAGGCUGGUACACACGUUAGCUAAAGGGCCGGACACACUAGGCGAUUUAAUCGUGCGACUUUAUCGCCCGAUAAUAUCGCCAGAUACUAUCGCGCGAGUCGAGUGGACACACUAGGCGAUUUAGUCGCCCAGUGUGUCCGGCUCUUAACGGUCGUAGAUGCGUUUUGUGGAAUAUUGAAGACAAUGAAAAAUUCUUUGCCAGUCACUUUUGAUCAGUAUUGUUGACAGUAUUGCAGGUUGCACAAAUUUCCAAGAAGUUUAGUGCUAAAUGGAACGCCGCUCUCAAGCCCUGAACACCUGUCAGAAAAAAUCACAAGUAGUUCUGUCGUCAUAUAAGUAUACAAUGUCAACUUUUGAAGUGAAGUGUUGCGCAAAGGUUUUGAUAUUUUUAAACUUAUAAUAGUGAAAACUAUUUAUGAUUAUUCCGUCAGCGGCCCCCAGGCUACGUUUUCGUUGUGUAUGGUCUAUGUAUAGAACAAGAAACCAUUAAUAGUGUGGCUAAUUUCACUACUGUAAUUUAUGGUAAUCAGUGUUAUGCAAAUUGUAGUAGCGUAAAAUCAGGAGUAAAUAAAAACAAAAACACUUUGUUAUUACGUACUCCUGAUGAAAUCUAUGUACUGAUGUACGAGCAUUUAUUAUAAAGUAGUUUUUAAUAAUUACUACCUAUUAAUCUAAACUAAAGGUAGAUGUAUAUUUAAAGAUGUUAGAUAUAUGUGCGUGCGUGCGCAUGCUAAUACUUGUUGGCUCAAAAUUAUUUUUUUAUAACUGUUUUUUUAAAACUGCAUCAUCAUGAAUACAACUAACCUACUAACAUAAUAUAAUCGUCGGUGAGCGCGGAUAACCAAUUGGUGAUCGGCUCAUUUUCUCGGUGUAUUAUUUAUGAAAUAAUCUAGUAACUCAUAUGUGUGUGACAAAAUAUCUGACCUUCAGAUGUUACUCUAAGUCAACCAAUCGAAUAAUGGUACAUGGAAUACCUAUUUGGCAGUCUAGAGCAUCUAUUUACUAUGUUGCAUUGACAGAGUGAAACGUAGACUAGUUUAAUGAUAUAAUUAUACGUAGCUUACUCCGAGACUGAACGGUGAAAAUCAGGUUAAACCACUCGUUUGUGUGAGACAUUCUGGUCUCGAUACAAGCAGGGGUAGAACUUCGUAUGAUAUUCCGAGACGUCACCCAUGUACUAGCCGGGCACAGAUUUUUCUUAUUACACUAUCUGAUUUACAGUGCUCCAGAAGCUCAUGGGUUUUCCCCUGUCAAUCGGAUCACACUGAGAAUGAGCUGGUUGCUAUGUAAACAGAAAGCACGCACGUUGUUUUGUACAGAUGUUGUUGUGUGGGGGGUGGGGGGGGGAAAUGUCUUGAGUAUUUUCAUUUUGUUCUGUGGUGAAUAUUGUGGACUCGCUGCGAUGACGACCUGUCUGUCUAGUUUCCCACUUGUCACCACGCGUAGACCUCACAAUGUUGCGACGAACACCCGUGACCUCUUUUACUCGCUGAAAAUGAGUGAGGCGUAAUGUUUGACAACGAUGUGGGUACACGCAGACAUUAGCUGCUAUAAACGUCCAUUCGCGCGCUGGUCUUUAGCUAGUGUGCGAUUAUGCGCUAUAGUGUGUUAAUACCAUAGAAAUAAUAUAGGUGUCUCUAUAUAUUUCUAAGGUUAAUGCGUGGAGGAAGGUAAUAUAACGAAGCAAGUGUCACGUCGAAUUCAAAAAGUGUAUCAGUAGCUUGCAAUCAAACGCAGUGAUCCCGUAGUCAUGUUGUACUCAACACUGUUAAUUGAUGUGACUUUUAAUCGAGAUGUCAUCUGUGUCAAAUACUCCUCCUCUCAAAGACAUAUCCUCCCAAAAUACUGCCCCCGUUAGCUGUCAUAGCUGUCAUCCAUAUUUACUAUGUCCCAAGAAUAGACUUUGGUUUUAGAAAAACUUUCUGGCCAAUGCCUGUCAUCUCAUUUUCAGCUAACUCAGUAUUAACAAGCGAAAAGAAUAAAAUUGAAAGGUAUUACGGAAGUGUGUGUGUGUAUAUAUAUAUAUAUAUAUAUAUA